AUGCAGCGGUUCAUUGUCAUGGGCCGCGGCACCGGCCGAGCAGCCUCUGACGACAGCCGGUGGGCUGCGAUGCUGGAGGCUCUCCAGCAGCCAAACCCGACGCAACACACGGCGUGCCUGGCAGAUCUCCAGGAGUGGUUAUCCUACGCGACCGAAGGGUCGAUCGGCCAGUUCCCCCUCGAGGCGUUUGUCUCUGCGCUGUUUGAUCUCUUGGACGGGAAGCCUGCAGCCUCCGCCUUUCCGCGGCCUUCGCUCGCCCGCCGAGUCUCCGCCGGGGCGUCGCCCCCGUCGCCCGCCCAAAGCGGCCCGCACGCGGCGAGUCCGCGGUCGCGGCGAGGCGGGAAGGCACGGGAGCGGAGCAGAGACAAGGACGACGAGAGCAAGGCGGAGGGGCGCGACGAAGGCGACAAGCCGCGACGCCGGAGAGGACGGUCCUCGCAGCGACCCAGCGAGGACCCGACGCCGACAGAAGGGUCGGAGCAGAGCUCGGAAGCGUCGGCUGCGCCAAAAGCGCCGCCUUCGCAGGCCUCUCCGCGGCCCGCGGAAGGCGCCGAAGACAGUGAGGAGGGCAGAGGAGACGCGGACGAGCACGCGGCGCCGGCCUCGGCGGCUGCUUCCGGCGCUCGCGCCGGCGACGAAGGCGAGACGGAAAGCGGCGAGGCUGAACAGCGAACGCAGUCGCGCCCUGCAGGGAAUCUCGCGUUCGAGUUCGGCUCUCUCGCUGUUCGCUUUGGCCUCGAAGCAGGCCGCGUCGAGGGUCUCUUGGGCGCGGACGACGAUUUCGUGCUGGGAGCGAUGGGAGACGAGGAUCUCCUGCUCCUGCAGCAACAGGCCGCGCUCCUCGGCGAAGACGCAGAUGGACAAGUCCAGAAACUGCUCCUCGUCGCGAACUGCCUCUUCCUCCUACUCGACCUCCUCCCCGUUCAAGCGGCAGCUGCGAUCGUCAGACAACCCCAGUAUCUGCGCAUCCUGAACAGCAAGCUGACGAGCAUCGAGUACAUUGAUCUUGCAGAGAAAAUUUUGCAGUGCAUGGACAAACUGUCGGAGGAGCAGCCGUUGAGCAUCUUUCUCUCGGGCGGCCUGCAGGCCUGUCUCGCCUUCCUCGACUUCUUCUCGCUAGAUGUGCAGAGACGCACGAUGAAGUCCGCCGCGCGCCUCUUCAAGACGGCUCAAGCGUGGGCGUCGACUGCGUCGCUCUCCACCUCGGUGCGCAGCGUCUCUCAGGGUCUCCCCCCGGGGCGCACCGAGGGCACGGCUCCUGCGGAAGCGGCUGCAGGCUCGUCGCUCCCCUCGGCGCGGUCGGAAGGCCCCGCGCAGAGGCGCGCGGUGUGGCGAAGGCGCGAGAAGGACGGAAGAGCCGACGAGGGCGGGUCCGCCGACAGCGUUGCGCGGUACCUGGAGAAGCGCCUGGAGCAGCAACGCGAAGAACUGAAGCGGUUGAUCUCGCCAGUUCUCCCCACGUUGUCUUCGCUCCUCACGUACGAAGACGAGACUCUCGUGCAGUACGCGUGCCAAUGUUGGCGCAGUUUCAUCGACUCACUGGUUUCUCUGCAUCUCCGCGCGGCCUCGUGCUCGCCUCCGUGCCCGUCCGUCGGCGCGUCCCCGCUGGUGUCUUCGCGGUCUUCCCCCGCCUCGGACACCGCGGCCGAGGCCAGCGCGGCGCGAGAGCCUUCCGGUCCGAGCGUGGAUUCGGCCACUGCGCUGCAGCUUUUGUGUCGGCGUUUCGGGCCGCACGGCGUUGCGGGCGACGGCGCGCUUUCCGCGUCUUUCUCGUCUUCCGGUCUCCCCUUCUUCGCCUCUCCGUCUCCCGUUUUUGCGCGGGACGAACGGGACGAGCGCCUCCGGUGGAUCGAAGACGCGGGCCGAAGGUACCAGACGAGUCUCGCGAGUUUGGCGAAGGAACUGUCCGAGGUCGCGGCCUCCUCGCUAGUCCCCAAUCUCCUGGCGCUGAUUUCCCGCCACGUCGACUCGGCGGUCGUCGCCGCGCGAGCGGCUUCGCCGAACAAGGACGAAGAGAAAGAAGAAGGGAUCGCCUCGCUCCAGAAUGCAUGCGUGACGGAUGCAGCCCACACCCUGGCAGUUCUCGCCAACUUCAGCACGAACCUCGCCGAGCAGGUGCUCCGCGACGCCAGGUGGAAGAGCGUCGACCGAGUCAUGCAUGCAGUGGGAGAAGGUCCGGAUUUCAUGCUACUGCUUCGCUUUGUCUGCCUGGGGGUGUCGCUCCUGCCCUCCGUUGUCUUCAACCUUCCGCUCUUCUUCGAGAGCUUGCGCGUGGACACUGCAUGCAGCGCGUCUCCGAAGAAGAAGAAGAAACGCCCGGCUUCGUCCUUCGCGUUUGUGAAGGCGGGAGAGGACGCGGGCGGCAACCCAGACGUCGCCGUCGGGGUUGACGUCGCCGCAGGGAUGGGCCCCGCGAGCCGAGAAGCUUCAGACAGAAAGUCUGCUCGCGCCGCGUCUGCUCCGCGGAAGGUCGCGCGCGUUCUGCUCCCGGACGCCGAGCGAAGCAGGCUGUUCGUGCAAGAACCUGAACUCUUCGGCUCGCUCCUGAGAACUUUUGCUGGCGCCCUGCUGCGACUUUACGACCGCGCACUGUCCUCCGAACUGCUCCUCGAGACGCUGCAGUUUCUCCUGGGAUCCGUGUUGACAGCCAGCGUCGCGUCGGACGGCGACGCGCGUUCGUUCGCGUUUUCUGCGAAGGACGAGAAGGACGGAGAGAAGCUGGCCGGCAGCGAGGCACCCACGAGGGAGCAGCGGAGUCUGAAGGACGAACUUUUGGCGGAACUGGACAGCGUGCAAGUCGCGGAAUUCCUCGCGUACAUUCUGCAGACCAAGCCGUCAGCAACUGCCGUGGCGGCAGCUCUGAGCGUCACUCUCGAGCUCCUCACCCUCGCGCCGCACGUCUUUCUGCCGGUCUUCUUCAAGGAGGGCGUCAUCGCCUUUGUUCGCCGAGACCUUGAAGUCGCCGUGGAGGCAGGCGCGCUCGUUGCGUUACCCUCGGGUUCCGCUUUGACUGCGGCUGUGCUGCCGCCUUCGCCUCUCUCGCGGUCGGCGCGUCAACUUUGCACCCCUUCAGCUGCUCUACGCGAGGCCCGCGGAGACCUCCGCCAGACAGCGCCCGGUGCGUGCCGCGGCCAGGCGGACAGUGAAGAGAGGGAGGGCGAAGAGACGGACGCCUCCGGUCUCCCACUUCGGUGGUGCUUUGCCUUCUCCUCCUCGGGGCACGUCGCCACGAACCUCUCCCGCCUCGCCCUGUGGAUGCGUGCGUCGAUUCUCUUGCUCCCCAGUGUACAGGCGUCGUGCAUGCUUCCCGCAUCUGGCCCGGUGCGGCCGACCGGCGCCGCACGAGGCGUGGACAGGCGCGUGGGAGACGACCCAGGCAGCCUCGAGAACGCGCCCGAACUAGAGCAGCCCACGCUGCCGCCCCUCUCCGCGUCGACCUGCGACUCAGUCCUGCCGAGGCUGCACAGAGUCACGGCGCUUCUCGCAGCCUGCGAGACAGAAGAAACGGGCGAGGCAGUCGACCAGGCGAAGGCCGGGAGUGCGCCGAGAGCCGCGCAGGACGGCGCGGCUUCCCCAGGGGCGGCCGAGGCUUCUGUGGAGGUGCAUGCAGCGGAGGGAAAACCAGAAGGCGGCGAACGCGAGAGAGCGUGGCACGCGUUUGUCGCCUUGAGAGAUCUGCUGGAAGGCGAAGAACAAGUGUCGGCGUUCGAGUUCAUUGUGUCGGACGUCGCCGCUGCCCUCGCGCAGUUUCUCGGCGGCCUCGAGGCGUCCUCGCAGGCGAGGGCCGACGACCAAACGGACUUUGAACAACAAGAGAGGCACGCGGCUGCUGGGGCAGAGAGACGCACCUUGACGCCUGCGGCGAACGACGAGAAAAGCGAGAUGGAGACAGAGACGGAAGGCUUUAGGAAGCGGCUUCGUUCUCACCAAAACAUCGAACCAAAAGGGUCCAGAGCCGACGUGCUCCACGAUCGCCUCUGUCUCUUCCUUCGCGCGUUCGCCUUCUCCUCGGCUCUCGCGCCGCAGGCGCCUGCGGGCGCGUCUUUGUGGGAAGACUUGGACUGGUCACAAGCCGACGGCUGCUUGUUGCUCUUGCUGGCGUCGCUGUGCAUGAAGAGUCUUGGCCGCGCGAAUUCGAGUCUCGCCGUUCAAACGGUCUUCUCGUCGAGCGACAAAAACUCCAUCGGCACCUCCUCUUGCCUCCCCCCCCACCUGCGGCCGUCGACGCCUCCCGGCUUUUUCUCAGACCGCAGCGGCGUGCGAGCCUCCAAACUGUCACCCUCGUCGCGGGCCUUGCCUCUGACGGCCAGCGUCCCCACAGGGCGCAACGAAGGCGAAGCGACAGCCGAUCCGUCGUCUGCCGCGGGACACUCGAGCGCUCACCAAACACCAAAGCACCGUCCAGAAGGCGACCACGCGUGUGCACCCUCUUCUGGAACUUCUCUCUCUGCGACUUCUACACAUUCUCUCUCUGCUUCUUCUUCUGCCUCUGUGGUUUCCUCGAGUUUGGCGUCUGGCGUUUCGGGUGCGUCUUCCUCGCGGUCGAGCUCGAGCAGUUCUCGCGGGUUUUUGCCUCACGGAGACCAGCCGGGAGGCGAAAGCGAUUCGCUGUUUCGUCGCGUGCGUCUCUACUAUGGCCUGCCCACCGCGUACGCGUCUCUCUUGGCUUCGCGGCACUCUCCGCAGAUCCCCGCGGAAAACGAGGGCCGCGCUGCUGCGCCUGGGGACGACGCGCAGGGUGACAGUACAGCGAAGGGCAGACCCAGGCGCACUCUGGCGAGAUCGCUGGGCUUUGGAGCCUCGGAGUCGGCGGGGGCGGCUUUCCAGGAGACAACGGAAGACAUCGUGUCGCUAUUCAGCUCGCUGCACAGAGAGGUGUUUCUGCAUCUGAGGCCGUCGGCACAGGAACGGAAGAAGGCGCGCCUUCGGGCGCAGAGGCUCCGCUCUCUCGCCCCAGCCGCGGGCAAGCCCGCAGGGGACAAGGUUGAGGAGGACAAGGUUGAAGGGGACAAGACCGCGGGGGAGACGGGAGACCCGUUCGCUGCUGAGGCGUCGAGGCCGGCCGAAACAGAACAGAGUCUUGACCCCGAUGGAGGCAGCGCGGGAGAGAAGAAAAAGAGAGGGGAGAAGAAGGAAGGCGCGCCGUGGGACGGCGAAGGCCUGGCGACGAAGCGAAGAAGAGAACAGGGCGAGGCGGAAGCAGGUGCCGAGGCGCCAGACAGGGCCGUGACGGCUGUGGAGGCGCAUGCCGACAGGGGCCCGGGAGAGAACGAAAGCGAGGGGCGGGGCGACACAGAAGACAAAAGUUCGGAAGCGAAACGGAACGCGCGUCGAACUUGCGACGCAGGCUCUCCCUCUCGACGAGCGUCUUCGCGCGACGAAGGGACAGAGAGGAAAGGCCACAGGAGGGCGAGAGAACGCAGACGCAGGGGCGGUAGCCAGGCCCACGCCUCGCGCGGGGCGGAGGGUCGGAGCUCGAGUGAAUCGGCCUUGCUCUCCUCGUUGAUCCGCCAGAUCCUUCCGUCGUCGCUCGGUGUGUCGCCAGGCGAGGGACACACGUCCGCCGGGUCCCCCACGGACCUGCUUUCGCUCUUGGUACGCUCCGCCGCCCUGCAAGGAGACGACGACAUCUCGGAUGAGGACGACUUCCUCUUUUCCCAGGCGGCUCGCGAGUCUCGUGGGGCUUCCCAGGCGUUCGAUUCGCGUUCUGGCUUCACUGCUUCGCUCCUCGCUUCCGGUUCGGGAUCGUCUCUCGCCCCUGUCUCUCACAGCGGCUCGGCGACCGCCUCGUCUCAGUCAGCGGCUUCGCCGUCGACCGCGUCUCCAGCCUCUUCGGCUUCCGGGGCCUCGUCCUCGUCGUCUUUCGUCUCGUCCCACGAGCAGUCUCUGCUGCAGAUGAUUGAUCGGCUGAAUGCGUCUCUCGGGCAAGGCGCGAGCGCGUCAGCUGUCGGAGGGGACGCAGAGGGACGAACGAGAGUAGGAGUCUUUCCCUCAUCUCUCUUUUCUCCUUUUGCCUCCUCGGCUUUCCAGCGGUACGCGAGCAAUGGGGGCUUGCGGGGCGCGUCACGCAGGCAUCUUCUCGAGGGCGGGGAACGCGAGCGCCGAGACGGCCGAGAGGCGCGGGCCGAGUUCAACUACCUGCUGGAUGGACAGGCAUCGAUCGGCUGUAUCGAAGCGUACGCCGCACGGGAAGUGAAUUACACGGCCGUCUCUGCCUACUCUCAGCGCGCGCAUCUCCACGCCUCGCCGCAGCCGCGGUCCAGCUUAGGGCCCUUUGUGGGGUCCGAGGCCUCUGCGCGGUCGCCGAAGGGAGACGGCGGGGACAGCGGAGAACAGGCGCAGGGAGGGAACAGGGAGAAAGAGGCGGCUGGUGACCAAGUGGCUGCAGCAAAGAAGGACGAGAGGGUUGACAAAGCCGAGCUCCAGAAAGAAGAGGAGGGAGAGGACGGACAGGGAGCGGACGAGAGAACGGGCGAGCGGAGGAGCGGAGAAGGCUCGUCGCGUCCCAGAAGGACACUCAGCAGAGGCGCGUCGGGUAGAGGCGGGGCUGAGAAGAAAGAAGGAGCAGAAGAGGCUGAAGAGGAGAAAGCGACGCCGGUCGGAAGGAGACGAGAACGGCAGACAGCCCGGCCAGAAGACGCAGGAAGGGAAGAAGGGAGACGACGCCGGGAGAGACAGAAAGAGGGGUCGGGAGUACGUGGGACGAUGAGUUGCCGCGCAGGCAGAGGCCCGAGUCGCUCACGCGGAAGGGAAGGGAAAGCGGUCCCACAAACGAUGCGUCGAUCGGCAGGCGCGAAGACGGAAGAGACGAAGGAGGCGAAGCCGCCAGAAGACGGCGUGGAGAGAAGACGCGACUCGUCGCACUCCCCGCACGCAGCCAACGAGGACACAGUGUCGCCCACCCAACGGAGAAGCGAGGUUUCGCGCAGACUCGAGAGCUCCGUGGCGGGCGAGAGGAACGCGAAAGAUGAAGACGCGGAAGAAGAGAUGGCAGACAGCGUGUGUGGCGUGUUGGAAGACGAGGACGAUUCCGAAGAGGACGAUCUGCCGCAUUUGGUGCGCCGUCGCGAGAGAGACAGGCGAUCGCUAAGGGCCCGGCGGGGACGAGAAGACGAAGAGACAGGCGCACUGUUUUCUCUGGAGCGGCCGGAAGACACCAGCAGCGGUUUCGGCUCGACAGACGAUGAAGAUUUGGAAACAACCGAGUUGGAGGUCGCGUUUCCCGAUGCUUCUUCUCUCGCGUGUGAUCGGUCCACGUCGCGUCUCCUCUCUGCCGACGCCGCGAGCCUCUUCCCGUCCUCUUCGCCGGCCGUUUCCCGCCCCGCAGCCCGAGACGGCGCCGAGCCCUCGCGACGGUCUUCUGGCUCUGACGCUCCAGCUGCGUCGCCUCUCUCUUCUUCUUCUGGUUCCGCGGGUCUCUCGAGUCGCCUGGCGUGGCGCUUCGGCUCUCGCCCGCGGGCGCUCUUUUCUGCGGGAAAGAAUGCGCCGCUUUCGUCUUCCCUCGCGUUCGCACCUGGCGCACCGGCAGCGAAGAAGAACGCCCUUCAACUCUUCGUGGGCGGCAUUCCGGUACCGCCCCACAUGACGCUGACGGAGGCGCUCUGUCGCUACAACCGCUGUUUCCCUUCGACGCAUGCCGUGCGCCUUCCCCGAUCCACCGCGGUUCCCCGCGGCCUAGCACAGUGCGCGGAGCAGCGGCACGCGGAGGGAAGGGGCGAGGCCGGGAAAAGAACGGAGACCCGCGCCGUGGAAGGGCGACUCGACGCCUCGCAGUCCUUGCCGCUCGCCACGGUCGCCCCAUUGGCUGCUGGCGCAGGCGCGGAGGGGACACACCAGCGGAACGGCGAAGGCCGCGAGCCGGAAGGACGCACGCAGGCGCAGUUUGCGGCGCCUCCGUCGUGCGUCCAAUUCGGCGACGGCUCAGUUUCGAGAACUGCCAGAGAGGCGCUUCUCCGCGAAGGCGGGAACGAGAGCGAAAAGCAGGAAAGGCAUCCCUCCGCGUACGCCGUGCUCGACUUGAACGCCAGGUUCCUCGUCGCCGCCGACGCCGACCUCCCCACUCUCCCCUGCCAUCCCGGCUCUCCAGGGAACUGCCCGCGGCCCAGUGUGCAUCCAGGGCAGUCGAGCGGCGUGGAGAGUCAGAGAGGAGACAGAGAAGAGACAGGAGAGACAGAAGAGACAGCAGAAGAGUACACGGCGCUGUGGGAUGCGCGCCACGCGAUCGAGUACGAGGUACUCGCGGCGCACGACGAGAGCGACCGAUCCGAUUCAACACCCUUUGAGACGGUCUCGGGGGGCGAAGGAAACGAUGGAAACCUGGACGCAGUCCCGUCGUCGCGGCCUUCCUCCUCUGGUUGUUCCUCUUCUGGGUCUUCCUCGUGCACGCCGUGUUCUUCACUUCCCGGCGCGCCUGCGUCCGGGCCGGCGGCGGCUGACGGAGGAGAGACGGCGAGCGGAGACGCUGCGUUCUUGCGCGAACAGGAGCAGAGGGAAAAAGACCUCCUCGAAGGUCGGCAGUCGCCGCUUUUGUGCACGGUCGUCGACUCGGUGUUCGGCUCCAGACGGCUCCUCGCAGACUUCCGCUCGUUUGUACAAACGCGGGCCGCGGGGUCGCGUGCGACGCCCUCGCCAAGGCACAGCGCCCGCCCGCCGACUCCUUUGGCGCCUUUGGCGGUGCCGGCGUCUUCGAUGGAAGUUUGCGUCACGCCGGAGCGGCGAAGACGCGAUCACGAGGCGAGUGCGGCGGGAAAAGGCCCGCCGCCGUUUGCGUCCAAGAUUCUGGAAUGCUCCCUCAUCUCGGCCUUUGAAGACGCAGUGGCAUGCAUGGCCUUUUUGCGUGGGUCGGCCGCAGCGCCGCCGCGCCGGGACCUGUUGCUGUGCGCGGGAGCGCAGGAAGCCGCGGAGCUCGUUUGCUCGCGGAAAUCGCUGAGACAAGACCGCCGCUCCUGCGCAGACGCCGCCCUGCAGGCGCCUCUCUCUUCUCGCUCGGGUGAGCCGGCCGGAAGCGCGACGCCGCUUUUCGGCGACGCAGCGCUCAGCGACAUCUUUGCCCGGGACAGGACGUCCGCCUCGCUCGUCUUUCUCCUGACGCUGCUUCACCACCUGGUCAAGGCGCUGCGGCGAGGCCACGUGGAGACUGCCUUUGUGUGCGGCCACGCGUGCGUUCCCGCGGCGCACGGCUCACUGACGUCUUCGGCGUUCGCUUCUCUCGCGCGGCGCCCGCCGCUUUCCGUGGACGACGGCGCAGGUCGCGACGGGUCUUUGUCGGUUGAGUCGAGCAAGCGAACGCGGCGGUGGGGCGACGUUGCCGACGCGCAUUCCUCGGGUUCGGCGUUUCGGUUCAAGCAGAGCGCGCCGUCCAUCUUGAGCCUCUCGGAGGCGCAACUCAGUCGCUUCUUCACCAGCAGCGCACUCUCCCUCAAACUUCUCCAAGUUCUCUCAGAUCCGGCCCUCGUCUUCAGUCUGUGCCCGCCGCUCUGGCUGUCGCGGCUCCUGCGGGGAUGUUCGUUCCUCUUUCCCUUCUCUGCACGCAUGCUGUAUCUCUGCCAGGCGUCCCUCGGGCUGAACCGGUCGCUGUGCUGCUUCGGGGAACGCGUCCGCGAGGCCAUCGAUCACGUCGCGGCGCGGGGCGGAGCGAGCGGCGUGAGCCUCGCCUCCUCGCUCUUCCCCCAGCGCAGCGGAAACUCCGCGUCGAGCUCGAGAUUCGCCCCCCUCGCCCUGGCUGCCGCGCCCUUGGGGAACCGGGGGAGCACCGGCUCCGGCGUGCACGGAGGCGGGACCGACCCCACGAGUCGGGCCUUGAUGGUCACGCUCGUCGCGCGCGUCUUCUCUCAGAUCAAAAGCAGUCCACGGCAGCAACAGGAAUUCGUCGCAGACCUCGAGACGGCUGUUGCCCUUCCUCGAACCAAGGUGAAGAUUCACCGCACGCGUAUCCUCGACAGCGCCUUCAAGGUGAUGGAGCACUUCCACUCGCUGCUCUACAGUUCCAGCGGCAGGGGCGGCGUCGGCGGAAAUGUGGCGUCUCAGCAGCAACCGCUGCUGGAGGUUGAGUACUUUGGAGAGGAAGGUGUCGGCUCGGGUCCGACAAUUGAAUUUUAUUCAGAGGUGAGACUGGGGAAGAGAGGGGAAGAGGAGAUGCAGAAGAGAGCGGAAAAGAAGAAGAGAGCCGAAAUGAAGAAGAGAGCGGAAAACAAGAAGAGAGCCGAAAUGAAGAAGAGAGCGGAAAAGAAGAGGAGAGAUGAAGAAGUUCCUGUUGGCGAGUCAGCGCGGCGUUACUGUAAAGCCACACAGCGGAUGGCCGCGUUUGUGUUCGUAGAGCAAAUGGUUCUGGAAGCUCUUCAAACCCACACAGUGCCGCGGCUGUUCCGCGAGGCGAGCUCUGACGGUUGCUUUUUCCCCUUCCCGUACACCUUCGUCACUGCCCGUCUCUCUCCCAGUCUGCUGCGCAAGCCGGAGUGCUCUCCUCUCACGUCGUCGGGUUCUUCGGGAAGCAUGUUGCCUUCCCGGUCCUCUUCGUCUCCCGUCAGAGCUGCAGCUGCGAGUCCGGCUUCCUCUUCUUCGUCUCCUUGCUCUUCUGCCUCUGCCGCGUCUCUGUCUUCUUCGUCUGUGUCGUCUUCGUCUGUGUCUUCUUCGUCUGUGUCUUCUUCGUCUGUGUCUUCUUUCUGUGCUUCUUCCUCGACGCCGGUCGCACCGAAGGCGCCAGAGGAGGGCGGCCGCACAACACCAGGUCCCACGUCGGAGUCGCGAGGCGAGGGAGAAGGCGAACAGUCGGCCGGCGAGGCUGCUGCGUCUUCUCGAGGCGAGGGCGAAGCACGGGAGCGCGUGGCGACCGACAGCAGACGCGAACGCAAGACGCAAGAAGCCCAGGUUCCGAACUCUUGCCGUCUCUCUUUGCUCUCUCCUCGCAACACCCCCCUAGCUUCUUCUCCGCGUUCCUCGCCGCCCUCCCCUGCGCCGCCUUCUUCAUCGUCGCUAGUUAGCGCUGCGCCGACGAACGAAGACAAGGUGUUCCUUCUGUUUAAGCUGCUGGGGCAGAUUGCGGCGAAGGCGCUUCUGGACGGACGAAGCUUCACGGUGGACCUGCGUCUCCACCCUGCCUUCUGGCGCCUCGUUGUCGAAAGGGAAGUUUGCACCUGCGGGGCCUUGCCGCUCGCUUUCUCGGGCUCGCUGGAGGCCAGGGACGGGGAGCGCGCCGAGCAGCAAGGGCGAGGCAGACGCGAAGACGCGAACGAGACGACGCGGGUCAGAAGGACUCGAGCUCAGACAAAGCGAGAGAAGGAGCGAGAGGCGCGGAGAGAGGAGAGGCGAAAGGACGAGAAACUGGAAGAACAUGCACAGCAAAGGCAGCCCCGGCGUUUGUGUCGCGCGUGCGUGAAAGCUGAAUCGCUGGGCUUGACCGACCUCAACGACGUGGAUGAGCAGCUGGCGAGAAGCAUGCAGCACCUGCUUCGGUUCCGCAGCGAAGGCAACGAAGUCGAGGACCUUGCUCUCGUCUUUGUGCUUCCGGGAACCGACAUCGAACUGGUUGAAGGCGGGAGUGAGAUAGCGGUGUGUAACGAAAACCUCGACCUAUACAUACACCGCGUCAUUCAAGUUGUCCUUUUGGAGGGCGUCCUGCUACAGGCUUACGCGUUCCGGUACGGGAUCAGCACAUUCAUUCCUCUCUCCAGCUUGGCGCUUUUCUCCCCGCAAGAGAGAGCCUACGUGGUCUUUGGUGGCGGCGGCAGAAUCGGAGACAGCCGCUUCUGGAACAUGGAACACCUUCGAGCGCACAUUGUCCCUGACCACGGAUUCACUGCCUCGAGUGCAACGUACAUCGCCUUCCUGGAAGUUUUGACUGAAUUUUCUGUUGAGGAGCGACGCCGCUUCCUUCGCUUCGCCACGGGGACGCCAGUCCUGCCUCACGGAGGCUUCGCUUCUCUCCGGCCGCUGAUGAAGGUGGUCCGUAAGCCCCAAGAGAACGGAGGGGAAGGCGCGACGUGCGACGACGUUCUUCCGUCAGUGAUGACGUGCACCAACUACAUAAAGCUGCCCGAGUAUUCCAGCAAACAGAUUCUGCGUCUUCGCCUCAGCGUCGCCAUGACAGAAGGGCAGGGAGCAUUUACUCUUUCCUAA